GUAUUACGGAACGUCAUUCGCUUGUUUACGCGCUUGCUUGCUGCCCACGCGAAGUGUGUUUAGCCAGCAGAUAUUACUAGGGUCUAGUUCCUCUGGAACUGAAUUAAUCAGUUCCCUAGCGAAGAGAGAGACAUUGAGCUUUCUCCUGUUACUGCAGACACAUUUUUCCAUGACAGAAUCCAUUGAAACUGCGAACCUGGGGCAUGAUCUAGAAGAGAAGAUGGACACCCAACCGAUCCAGGAUGAGAACCAGCACAUGCGCAUGUUGCUCUUGCGGCUGGAGAGGAGGCUGAUGGAGCUGAGUCAGGAGAUGAGCGUCCAGGAGAACCUCAACCAGCUCCUGAGACGGCAAGAGCAGGAGCUGGAGGAGAGCCUGGAGGAGAGGGACAGCAGACUCACCGAGGCCCUGGAGACUAUCAACAGCCUGCAGAGUGAGAGGGAGACUCUACAGCAACAGCUGCAAGCAAUGCAGGAAGAAACAGAGACAGAAAACAGAAAACAGGAAGAGAAGCAAACAUGCUCCCAGUCACCCCAGCCAUGCACAUCCAACAGUAACGCUGAAGAAAAGGCUCAAUGUUCUUGGGAGUCCAGUUCCACAACCAGAGGAAGUGCCAUAAAAAGGCCGCCACACCCCGCCCCGCUCAGCAUGGCCUCGUUGUCAGUGAGGCUGGUGGACUGCAGAGCCAAGCUCGGACCAGAUGGAUGCGUUCAUGUGGCACACUGAGGCCUUACGUUUGCACAAACUGAUGGGGAUGCUGUUUUUUUUUUAUCUUCUUCUUCUUUGGAAAGCGGGCUCUAUAAGCCACCCCUGAGACAGCAAAGGAGACGCAAGGGUUGGAUUAAGGCUUUGUAAUUAAUACUCUGUGGUGUCUCUUGAAGGAGUCAAUGUAAAUAUUAGCCUGCACUGUAAUGGUUGUAUAUAAAAUGGCUAUUUUCAGAGAGAACGUUUAUCAUUGUGUUGUC